GGUAUUUGACAUUUGCCACUCUUCCUCCAGUCUUUGUCAGAUAGCAAAAAUUGUUCAACUAUUCAAUACGUUUUACAUAUGUAUAUAGUGUAGUACGAUAAUACAUUUAUAAAGUAAAUAUAAUAAUAAACACCUAAUUAUAGGUUAUAAUUUCAGGGCUUUUGGGGGUCGCAGUACAGAAAGUGCACGUCUAGUUUUGGUUCGCAGUUUUGGGUAUUUCAUCCGUAAUAGUACCAAGAACAGUACUGAAAGUGCACAUGUAGUUUUGGUUCGCAGUUUUGGGUCUUUCAUCCGUGAUUGUACCAGAAUUGUGCAAGAGGUAUAUAUAAAUUGUUAAAUGAUAAUUGUAAUGUGCAAGAAAGGGAUGAACGAUCACACGUACACAAUAGUUUUGGGUACUUUUGUCAAUUCGCCCUUAAGAAUGGCAUAGAAACUUUCAUUGAAACUGCUAGUACCACUCCCUGGCAUUUCACAGAAGAAUUCGCCGGUACCUGUCUUGCAGGGGAGAACGCUGUUUUCUUUCUUUCGUUUUCGUCCACCAAUAUUCCCAGAUAGCAUUGAGUUGAUUGUAUGGUGAUUUACGUAUCAUUUACGUAUUUACGUAUCAUUGAUUGUUCUUGGUGAUUGUUUUUUGAUAAAUUUGCCGUUUACAAUAACAAAAUGUACAAGUAUCAAAAAAUGCUCAGCAAGUUGAUUAAAUAUCAAUUGUGUUGUUUCGUGAUCCCGUUAUGAGUAUACAGUUAACAACAUCAAAAUAUUUUUUUUGUGACAAAAUAAUGCAUGCAUUUCUCACUUCCAUAUAGUUCAUCUCCAAAGCAACAGCUCUCUAGUGCGUGAAAUAAGUAAAAUAAAACAUACUUUUAAAGUAAUUAAUUAUUAAUAUUAAUAAUUAUUAAUAAUUAAUUAAGUAAUUAAUUAAUUUACAAAAGAAAAAAUAACUUCCAAGAUUAUAUGUUUGAAUGAAUCUUCUAGAAGUGAAUUUUAUUUCACACCACUAAUUAACUAAUUGACAUCAUGAGCUCUAUAAAUAAUUAUGGAUAUGAACCUAACAGCAGCCAAAUAAUAUAUCAAAAUCUAGACAGCACAGACCAACAGUCUCUUAAAAAUUUAAUAGCGGAGUUGACGAUGGAAGUGCGGGCUUUAAAGACAGAAGUGAAGGAGCUAAAGAAAAUAAAUUUGUUGAAGCUGACAGAGGAAGUUAUUGCGGUCAAAUUGGAAAACUGGGGAAAACCCUCUGAAAGUCAAAGCCCACAAUUCGACCAACUACCAUUUUACCAUAAGAAGGAUCUUGACGAUUUCGAAGCACAGCUUUUACAAAAGCCAGAGUUGUUGGAGAAAUUUAAACUAUAUAUUAAGAAGACUGGGGGUGAAGCGUCAACCCCUUUUCUAAGAGCAGCAAUCAGGCGUAUUUUUUCAGACGAGUUGGCAAUGUCUUUUUCGUGGAGAGGCACGGCAGAUAAGCCAAGCGCGGAAAAAUGUUUGGUUACAACAAUAAUAAAAAAUAUUUAUGCAAACGAAAGAGUAAAAAAACGCCGUCUACCUUUGUCUGAAAAUUUUUUUUUUAUUUUAUUAAAGCUUACAUAAUAAACAAAUUAUUAAAUAAACUAAAGUACGCAGCGCUAGCAUCAUAGGCUUUCGG